GCGCUUCAAGCGGCGGAAGUAUACAUCAUUUGAAUGGUAUGCCGGUUAAUUACUUGCUAACUUUAUUAUGCUGUCUUAGCUUUUUAACGGCAGUCACAGCAACAACAUCAAUAACUAUGAUGAUGACACCAACAACAACAGCAGCAACAACAACAACGCGAACAACGAGAGUGCCAGAAGUUGUAGCAAAAAGUAGUUCAGCAAGGCUACGAACAAACAGCAAAUCAACCAUGACGAAUAGAAGAACGGCGUCAGGAACAUCAACAACGCCAUCACCACCACGACUACCAUCAACGUCGUCGUCGUCCUCGUCGCUGCCGCCGUCGACACCAACAACACCCAGCU